AUGGUUAAAAAGGAGAAAUUUGAACCUUUGUUCACCAAAGAAGAAGAACAAUUGUUGUCUGAUUUUAGCAGAAAUGUUUCCACCAAGUCUUCAGCACUAUUCUACGGCAGCGCUUUUAUGGUGUCAGCAUUGCCCAUUUGGCUCUACUGGAGAAUACACAUGAUCGAAAUGAUGCCAGCCCUUGUUUGGUUCAUUCUUGUCACUUUGGGCAGCACAUACCUCAUCUCAUUCGCCUACAAAAACACCAAGUUCAUAUUGAAACACAAGAUCGCGAUCAAAAGGGAAGAAGCAGUGACCAGGGAAAUCACUAGAAAAUAUGCUGAUGACAAAAAAAUCAGCAAAAAAGAAAAGGACGAAAAAGCUCUAUUCCAAAAAAACGAUGUAGCGGAUUAUGAAGCAACAGCAUUUUCAAUUUUCUACAAUAAUGCAUUAUUUUUGGUCAUUGUGGUUUUGCUCAGUUUCUAUCUUCUAAAAGGAUUCUCAACAACAGCGAAUUACAUAUUUUCUGUUGGAAUUGCAAGUGGAUUAAUUGCUUUGUUUUCAACUGGAACUCAGUAA